AACAAUGCACUGCCCACCCAAAGGUGAAAAGCUCUGUUUCAUUUCCCAUGGAGCUCAGCCCAAAUUUGUGACGUAGAAGUAGGUGAAAAAUUCUAAAAACCUGUUUUCGCUGUGUCAUUAUGGGGUAUUCUGUGUAGAUUGAUGAGAAUAAAAAUGAAUUUAAUCAAUUUCAGAAUAAGGCUGUAGCGUAACAAAAUGUGGGAAAAGUGAAGGGGGUCUGAAUACUUACCAAAGGCACUGUACAUUGAAUCUCCUUUCUGACACCAUGGCGUUUGGCCCCUUGCACAUAGACUGUAGAAAAAAUAUGGCCAAAGUGACUGUGACAUCAGCCAUUGACUUUCCAUGGGCAGUUUUCAUGCCGCCAUGUUGUACAAAUUGUAGCCGGAGGCUGCACAGUAGGCAAAAGCUGUGACCCUUAUAUGGUCAUGAAGUCUGUGCCGGGCCAGUGUAAAUGACAAUCUGGAGCUGUUACUCGAGAGUGGGUGAGAUGCUGCCCCUCCCCGAGUGACUUGAAGUGAUGCAAACUGUCCUUGAUUGGUCCUCAAAAUAUUAAAAUAUUGUCAAAAUGACACAACCUGUCACAAGGGUUGUCAGAAAAAAUAGGCUCUAUUGAAGGUAAUCAACCAAAACAGCCUUGUGUUUGCUGAAUGGCCGUUGAACUAUGGCACUGGUCAUCCCAGUUUUCUGACCUGAGCUCAACUUAAAUGGCGUGGUUUGAAGAAGGCCGUUCACAAUCACAGGACAAAAAAGGUCCUAAUGAAUUUAGAAAAAGAGUGCAUCGAGGAAUUGUCAAAGACCCCCCUCAAUGUGUUUACAAAUAUGGUAUAAUAUAGAAGACAUUUCAGUCGUGUUAUCAUUGCAAAGGGAAGGUGCACAAAGUUCUGAAAGUGAGGUGUGAAAUAGUAAAUGUAUAAAUGUGAGAAGUUAUUUCUAUUCUGUUAGCUCUCAUUUCUCAAAAUGAGAAUAAACCCAUAACAAUUUAACCUCCCCAAUCUGUCUUGAAGUAUCAUUUUUGCAAAGUGAAAAUGGCCUUCAUAGUCAGGAGUGCAACAUAAUAGUUAGGGAAAUGGGCUUUUAACUCUGAGGUUGUUGGGUCAAUUCCCAGGUGGGGUACUGUUGUACUGGAGCAAGGUACCGGAUAUCUAGCUGUAUUGACAUAGAAUGUAUUUAUACUGUAUAAAUACAUUCUAUGUCAAUUUAAUCUGUGCAAAUCACUUUGAAGGAGGGCGUCUAUCAAAUGCCUAAAAUAUAAUGUAAUUUAUGAAUUGGAAAUUUAUAACCCACCAAUUUUUUAAAUAAAAAUGUAAAUUAUCUUGCAUUGCGAACAGACCUUAACUGAGCAAACGGCUGAACUGUUUGAGUGUAUUUUAAAAAUGUUUUAUUAUUAUUAACUGAAAGGACUCCUUCACUGGUGUUGCGACCUUUUGCGCAGCUUCUUACAACCACCCGUACGUGGGGGAGAGUUUUAAGAAUAGUUCCGGAAGAAGGCAGGGCUUGCAGAUUUGUGGUGUUUUAACCAGUGGCAAGGCCGCGAUUACGAGUGUGUUUGACAAGCGUGGCGAAUGGAACUCCGGCAGUCAACGUGACUUUAACAGGGGAGAGAGCAGUUCUGUGAAAUGAGAAGAUCUUGAAUGAGAGCCGGUGGAAGUUUUUUUUUUUCUUUCUUGCUCGGGACUUGCACUUUCAUUAACGUUGAAUAAGUCGCAGUUGAACUUGGAAUUUUUUAGUAGAGAAUCGGAGUGUACACAGUUCUAUGUAAAACAACUUGCCGCGUAUCAUAAAUACUGGUAAAUAAUGAUUUUGUUCGUUGAGGUGACCUCGAAGGGAGCCGGCCUGAACCCCAACGCUAAGGUGUGGCAGGAGAUCUCCGCCCUGCCCAGCGACGCCCCUGUUCCGCUCUCCGAUUGGUCACCGCCCAGUCCCACUGGCACCACUGAGGGUCACCCCGAGGCCCCGCCCACUGAAUGUAGUAAAUCCUACAUCAUUGGUCUUGACAGUGCUGGGGAGAGCGGUCCCUCCGCGCACCCUGAAGGAAGCGUCAACGGCGUGGACUCUCCAGACUCGGCGUUCUCCCCCCACGAGCCAGCGACUAGGCCGGAUGGCGAAGGGGAAGGGGAGCCGGCGCAGGAUCGGCCCGUCUCUGCGGAGAACCUGCGCGAGUCUCUGAAGAAACAGCUGGAGUUCUGCUUCUCCAGGGAGAACCUCUCCAAGGACCUAUACCUGAUAUCUCAGAUGGACAGUGACCACUUUGUUCCCAUCUGGACCAUCGCCAGCAUGGAGGGCGUCAAGGCCCUGACCACGGAUAUGGACCUGAUUCUGGAUGUGCUGAGAGCCUCUCCUAUGGUCCAGGUGGACGAGAAGGGGGAGAAAGUGCGUCCGAACCACAAACGCUGCAUCAUCAUUUUGAGGGAGGUGCCGGAGACCACGCCCGUGGAGGAAGUCGAGGCCCUUUUUAAAAGCGACGAUUGUCCGAAGGUGCUAAGCGUGGAGUUCGCGCACAACAACAAUUGGUACAUCACAUUCCAGUCGGACACCGACGCCCAACAGGCAUACCGGUAUUUAAGGGAAGAAGUGAAAACGUUUCAGGGAAAACCCAUCAUGGCUCGGAUAAAGGCCAUCAACACCUUCUUUGCUAAGAACGGUUACCGCAGCCUGGAGGGUGCAGCGUUCUCUCAGCAGACGCAGUCCCCGUCACAGUACAGCUCGCCCGUCUACAUGCAGCAGGUCUACAGCCCGCAGCAGCAGUACCCCCUCUACGGCAUCGUCCCCCCGACCUGGCCUUCCUCCCCGACGCCGUACUUCGAGACCCCCCUGGCGCCGUUCCCCAACAGCGGCUUUGUGAACGGCUUCGGCUCGUCCGGGAGCUACAAGAUCGGCGGCGGCUCCCUCGGCGGCGGCGGACGGCCCUUUCCCCGCGCCCGUGUCCCGCUUUAUUCAAGAAAGAAUGUAAUAAAUGCCUUCAGGAACCACGUGAAGACUCACCCGAGGCCCGGCGACGGGGCCCCUGCCUCGGGGACAGCCUUGCCCCUGCUGCCGGGGCUGGGAGGCCCGGUCCUGGGCCCGUCCGAACCCAGCCCCUCCUACCCUCCGAGAGACGGGCACCUCUCUCCCACCGAGGCCAACGGCGACGCCAGCGCGGCGGGGCGGGGCAGGAGAGGCUCAUAUCGAGGCAUGAGGAGGAGGAGAGAGGAGGAGCGGACUGCUAGGCCGCCGCCCCUCGCCGAGACCCAAGCCCCGCCCCCCAAGUUCGACCUGGCCUCCUCCAGCUUCCCGCCGCUGCCGGGCUGCGUGGCGAGCGCGCGGGGCGAGCCGGCGCUGGAGAACCGCCUCUCCGACGUGGUGCGCGGUCUGAGCCGCCCCAAGCCGGAAGUGAAGGAUUCUGCCUGCAGUUCCUCCGGCGCCCAGGAGGAGGCGCCGUGCGUCCCCAGCCCUUCCCAGCCGGUCUGCAAACCUAUUCCACCCGCUUCUGAUCUCCCCGCUGCCAGCAGUGUUUCCCAUCAUGACUCAAAGCUGGAAAAGCCUGAUGUCCAGAAAGCAACCAUACGUACACCGGGCCCCGCCCCUGGCCCCACCCCCGCGUCCCCUCAGCCCAGCCAAGCCCAGUCGGGCCCCGCCCCUAAACCCUGGAGCUCCUCCUCCUCUGCUCCCAUAGUGCCCGCCCCCAGCUCCGCUCCUGGGCCGGAGCUGCGUAAGCUGAGUUAUGCGGAGGUGUGCCAGAGGCCCCCGUGUAGCCCCUCCCCCGCAGCCGUGCAGCCCCUCCGUGAGCUCCGCGCCAACAAGGCAGAGGACCCUGCCCCCGGCCCUGCCCCCGGCCCCGCCCCCGAGCCCGGCCCCACCCCCAACGGACCCUGCCACAGGCCCGACAUCCCCCCCACGGACAGAUCCGGAGAGGGCCGGCCCUCCCGAGCGGGCGGGGCCCCCAGGGCGGGGCCCGCUGGCCUCAAGACCCGAGAGCAACAGAGACGCCCCCCCGUGGCAGGACACGGGUCCCCUCUGCGGGCCCCCCGGCGGGGCAGCAAGGAGCAGAACAUCCCGCCCAAAUCGCCAAAGUGAAAGCGGAGGAACUGAGUGCAGGGAAAUGCGAAUAUUACACACAGAUAUAUGCAUAUAUACAGGAGGCCAGAGAGAGGGGUGGAGAGAGUGUGUGUGUGUGUGUGUGUGUGCGUGUUGUCAGGCGAGAGCUGCUGGAAG